GGGCCGAGGAUGGAGCCGGCCUCGGUGAGGAGCAAAGUGCCUUCCUUCCUGUCUGACCUGGGCAAGGCCACGCUGAGGGGCAUCAGGAAGUGCCCUCGCUGCGGCACCUACAACGGCACGCGGGGGCUGAGCUGCAAGAACAAGAGCUGCGGCACCGUCUUCCGCUACGGCAGCCGCAAGCAGCCGCCCCUGGACGCCGUCAGGAUCGUCACCGGCUCCCCGCUGCAGGUGUACUCGGUGCGGCAGCGGGAGCGGGGGGCCGAGCAGCGCGGCUUCGUGGAGCUGGGGGUGUCGGAGACGGCCAUCCAGACGCCGGAGGGCACCAUCCUCACCCGCCUCAGCUCGGGGCGCUGCCACCUGCCCUCCUGCCUGGCGGCGGCCGCCCAGGGCGCGCUGGGCGAGCAGUGCCAGCACGUCAAGCUGGCCCUGGGCUGCCAGACGGAGGCCACCCCGCUGGCCCUCAAGAGCUCGGUGCUGCACGCCGUGCAGGCCUCCCCCGAGGCCAAGGAGAGCCUCUGGCGGCUGGCCACGGAGCCCGGCGGGCCCCUGGUGCAGAGGGUCUCCAGGGACGUCCUGGUGGUCAAGUGCAAGGCCAGCCGCAGGCACAGCCUGGGCUACCUCCACGCCUCCUUCGCCCGCAAGCUGGGCCCCAGGUCCCCGGGGGACCCCAAGUUCUCCUGCUCCUGCCAAGCUUCCGAGGCUGGCAAGGGUGGCACGGCCCGGGAGGAGGGGGAGGAAGAGGAGGAGGAGGAGGAGGCCAGGCCGGCCCCGCGCUGCGUUCACUUCCUGGCCUGCAUCUGCGCCUUCGCCAGCGACGAGAGCCUGGCGCAGGAGUUCGCCGACUUCCUCAGCGCCGAUGCUGGGGGUCUGAAGGGACUCGUGGUGCCUCCAUUGGUCAGCAGCCCCCAGGCCACCGUGCAGGCUGGGGGAGAGGUGGCUCCAGCCAGGCCCAGGAAGAGGAGAAAGGAGGGGACAGUGCCUGGGGCACAGGCAGGCAGCCCUUUGCUGGCUCAGGACCCAGCUCACAGCCACCCCAGGAGGAGCAGCCUGAAGAAGCCAACUGUCACCUCCCUGAAGAGACAAGGCUGCAGCCAGCUGCUGGAUGAGUCCCAGGUGUCCCUCUCCUUCCAGGAGUGGCUGGCCAGCGUCACGGAGCGCAUCCAUCAGACCAUGCACUACCAGUUUGAGGGCAAGCCAGAGCCCCUGGUGUUCCACAUCCCCCAGGCCUUCUUCGAGGCCCUGCAGCAGAGGAUCUCCAGUGGCAGCACCAAGAAGAGGCUUCCCAACUCCACCACAGCGUUCGUGCGCAAGGACGCCCUGCCCCUGGGCACCUUCUCCAAGUACACCUGGCACAUCACCAACAUCCUGCAGGUCAAGCAGAUCUUUGACACACCUGAGCUGCCCCUGGAGGUCACUCGCAGCUUCAUCCAGAACCGGGACGGCAGCUUCGAGCCCUUCAGGUGCCCGCGGGUGGAGGUGGAGACCAUAGCCGAGGCCUAUGCCCCCCCCCUGGAGAAGCAGCCCCCCAUCCGCCCCCUGGAGCUCAAAACCUUCCUCAAAGUGGGCCACACCUCCCCUGCCCAGAAGGAGCCAACUCCCUUCAUCAUCGAGUGGAUCCCCAACAUCCUGCCGCGGGCCCGCAUCGGGGAGCUGCGCCUCCGCUUCCAGUACGGGCACCACGGCAGCGCCCCGCCCGGCAGCCAGCCCCGCCCCGCCCCGCCCAGCGCGCCCCCGCCGCUGGAGCUCACCGGGCGGCAGACCGAGCGAGCCGGGCGGCAGACCGAGCGAGCCGGGCGGCAGACCGAGCGAGCCGGGCGGCAGACCGAGCGAGCCGGGCGGCAGACCGAGCGAGCCGGGCGGCAAGACCGAGCGAGCCGGGCGGCAAGACCGAGCGAGCCGGGCGGCAAGACCGAGCCGGGCGGCAAGACCGAGCCGGGCGGCAGGACCGAGCCGGGCGGCAGACCGAGCCGGGCGGCAGAGCGAGCCGGGCGGCAGACCGAGCCGAGCCGGGCGGCAGACCGAGCCGGGCGCAGGCCCCAUGUGCGCCCCACGUGUGCCCCACAUGUGCCCCACAGCAGUCCCCAUGUGCCCCACACCUCCCUGUCCCCAUGA